AUGGAAAUCACCGAGAGUUCGGUCGAAGUCGAGAGAGUGGAUAAGUUCUUGUCUGCUGACGAAAUUUCGUCAUUGUCCAAGAAAAUUCCGAGAACUCCACCAACUCCUAAAUCAGCUAGGAGUGUAAGAACACCUGUGGAUGGGGUGAAACUAGCAUUUGACGAUUUCAUUUCUAUUCUCUAUCAAUCACAUGGACGAAGUUACGAUGAGCAAGUUAGAAAGUUUGAAUCGAGCACAGGAUUGAAGCGUGAACAGGGAGUAUACUGCUUCGGUUUCUUAUUAGCAAUUUAUCUUAUAAUGGGAAGAAGUGCUGAAUUCGUUUGCAAUAUUAUUGGCUAUGCUUUUCCUGCGUAUAAGAGCGUCCAGGCUGUUCGAUCAAAUACAACUGAUGAUGAUACUCACUGGUUGAUUUACUGGAUUGUUUUCGCAACUUUCUCCAUAGUUGACUUUUUUGCUCAAUCAGUCUGUAGUUGGUUUCCACCAUAUUGGUUGUUGAAAGCAGCCUUUCUGGUGUAUCUCUACCUUCCACAAACAGAAGGAGCAAUCCAUGUUUAUGAGAAAGUCAUCGACCCAUUGUACAAUAGUAUUGACAAGUACAUUCAAAAAAAAAUUUACAGUAGCAUAAAAAUAAAUUAA